CUGUUGAUGAGUAUAAAGAGAGGAAAAAAUCUUCUGCUGGGUUAGUAUUACCAAGUUCAAUUUUAGUAGCUUUUUCCAGGCCCUAGACAAUCUUCUCACUUUCAACCAGAAUGGCUCUUAGUAAAGGUCUCAAGAUGAACACACUGUUAAAAAUUUGCACACGAAAAUACGGAUUUACUGCUAUUCGACGGGAUUAUGGACCAGAAGCGGUGGAGAAACUCCGAGGAUCUUUAAAGAUAGAGUACACCUUAGCCACACGAGGCGCACAGCGGCUUUGGAAACUGAUAAACUGUGGAGAAAACUCGUAUGUGAACGCUCUUGGCGCCAUGACAGGUGGUCAAGCAGUUCAAAUGGCUAAGGCCGGUUUACGUUCUAUUUAUCUGAGUGGCUGGCAAGUAGCGGCAGACAGUAACAUGGCAAGUCAAACCUACCCUGAUCAGAGUUUGUAUCCCGCAAACUCAGCGGCAAAGCUUGUUGAACGAAUCAAUAACGCCUUCAUCAGAGCAGAUCAGAUUGCGCACAUGGAAGGGAAUGAUCAACAUAUCGAUUUCUUUUUGCCAAUUGUGGCUGAUUGUGAGGCUGGAUUUGGUGGCCCGUUGAACGCCUUCGAAAUCACGAAAUCUAUGAUCCUAGCUGGUGCUGCAGGCGUCCAUUUUGAAGAUCAGUUGGCAUCAGAGAAGAAAUGUGGUCACAUGGGAGGAAAGGUUCUUCUGCCAACUCAACAGUUUAUCAAAGUACUAAACGCUGCUCGCCUUGCUACUGACGUCAUGGGUGUUCCUACCGUUAUCAUUGGACGAACAGAUGCUGAGUCAGCGGCGCUUGUGACGUCAGAUAUCGAUCCACGUGACCAGCCAUUCUUGACUGGCGAAAGAACAGCCGAAGGAUUUUAUCGAUCAACCGCUGGGCUGCAGCAAGCCAUUGCUCGUGGAUUAAGCUACGCUCCAUAUUGUGAUAUAAUCUGGUGUGAGACAGGUAAACCUAACUUGGACGAAGCGCAUAUGUUUGCGAAUGGAAUCCACUCCAUGUUUCCAGGAAAGCCGCUCGCAUACAACUGCUCGCCUUCCUUCAACUGGAGAGCCAACCUCAGCGAUAAAGAGAUUGCUGAGUUUCAGAAAGAACUUGGUAAAAUGGGCUACAGAUAUCAGUUUAUUACCUUAGCUGGUUUUCACUCGCUUAAUCAUGCUAUGUUCAAGUUAGCACGUGACUACAAAGAUCACGGUAUGUCUGCCUACACCAAGAUUCAAGAAGACGAGUUUGCGCAAGCGCAAUUCGGCUUUACAGCACAUAAACAUCAGAGGGAGGUAGGGACAGGAUAUUUUGACCAGGUAAGUAUGGCGGUCAGCGGAGGCACAAGUUCAACAACAGCUUUGGAAGGAUCAACUGAAACGGAACAAUUUUGUAGCCACGACUUGGACUCACAAAGGAUCAGUGCUAAUUAAUGAGAAACCGAGAUCGUUUGAAUAUAUGUUAUAAAAGGUAACUAAAGAAAAUCUACUAAGUGUAUAUAGGACUUUUGAUGAAUAGUGAAGAUAUAUGACGUAAGAUAUUUAAUAUUUGACCGCGUACACUGACUACAGAUCCAAAUAAUUUAUUGAGGAUAUUGAACAAAGCAUUCAUAUGAACAAAAUCCACGAGAAAUACGUUAAAAUUUUUUAUACCUUUGUAUUUAUGUUGUGAAAUGAGAAUGAAGAAUAUUUGAUCACGACACGGGAAGAUUUUAUGUUUCACGGCUCUAAGAACAUGCAUGUUUAAACUUAAUUUAGCAGUAAGUAGUUCCCGUCACGUCUUGUCUACUGUCUUAAAUAUUGGCUAGGUUUCAAAAUAAAGUUGCGUUUAAUCAAGUCAAUCAU